CAUCGGCAACGUCAUGCACGUGGUGGCGUUCCUGUUGGGCCUCGUGGCAUGCGAGGCCGCCGUGUCGACGACUGUGUCGAUCAACCAGCGGAAGGAACGUUUGAUUCGUGAACCGAUCCCUAUCCGGCCUCCGUCGUCGUACCAAGGUGGCGUGCUGGCGGAUAGAAUCACGCGGCAAGGGCCGGUGACACGAUGGACGACGUUCGAAAGCGACACGGGGGACAUGCAGCUGUAUUACUUUCACAACAUCACGUUCAAGACGCAUGCGAAGAAGACCCUGCUUGGCAUUUGGAAGGGAUACGAAGGGGACCAGACGAAAAACGUGUACAGGAGCAUCGUGUUUGACGAUGGCGAUCGUUGUCGCGGCGCCCCCGAUCGCCGGUACUCGAUCGUGGUCGAGAUUUCCAAGAAAGAAUAUAAGGGCGUGACAGACUACAUGGAGGCCAUCGAAUCGACGUCCGACCCAUGCGUGUUCACGUCGAAAAUCAACUUGUUCACGACCGAUGCCUUGUUGCAGCUCCCGUCUGCGUUCGAGACCGACGCGGACGUCGGCAUCGUUCAGUGGUACGACGACCCAAACGCUCCGGACAAGCUCUGCCGUGACAUCAAGUGCAACUACUCGAGCAUCGAGAUGUCGAUUCAAGACGCAGUUCAAGAGAUAGCCAUUCUCAGAGCGCGGCUUGCGGACCACGAUACCCACACCGACGAUGCCAUCGGUGCUGUCAUGGAAUCGUCGUCUUCCAUUCUGAUGGCGGCCAACGGCGUCCUGACCCAGUCCCUGCGUGUUUUCGAGCAUCUCAAGCACUUCCACACCUUGGCGCCACCCACAUGUACAUUGAUGUCGACCGCUCGACCCCCUGACGAACUACCGGCGCUUCCAGACGAUACCGCUGCAGUUGCCGACCCCGCCGGCGAUGCGAUCCAAUCUCGUACAGGUCCAUGAUGUAGCGAUCCACACCCCGACCUAACGCAAAUCAACACGACGGGAAGCAACUGCCCACCAUCCCA